UGUAAUUCAAACAUUGAUAUGUGAAUAGUGUGCUACUAUUUAAAAUGAUGGAGAUAACAAAACUAAUAGUAAGGAAGACAGAGUAAUAACCAUGUCGGAAGCAUCUUGUCUUGCUUCUCCUUUGCUCUACACCAAUUCUGGAAUCCAUUCUGAUUCUUUCUACGCUUCGCUUAUUGAUAGUGCCACUCAUAAAGCUCAGCUGAAGCAAAUCCACGCACGUUUACUUGUUUUAGGUUUGCAGUUCAGUGGUUUCUUGAUCACCAAGCUCAUUCACGCUAGCUCUUCCUUUGGUGACAUUACUUUUGCACGCCAAGUGUUCGACGAUUUACCUCGUCCUCAAAUAUUCCCUUGGAAUGCUAUAAUCAGGGGUUAUUCAAGGAACAAUCACUUCCAAGAUGCUCUUCUCAUGUAUUCCAAUAUGCAACUCGCUCGUGUUUCUCCUGAUUCUUUCACUUUCCCUCAUCUUCUUAAAGCUUGCAGCGGUUUGUCUCAUCUUCAGAUGGGUAGAUUCGUUCAUGCUCAGGUGUUCAGGCUUGGAUUUGAUGCGGAUGUGUUUGUUCAGAACGGUCUCAUUGCCUUGUAUGCGAAAUGUAGGCGUUUGGGAUCUGCGAGAACUGUGUUUGAAGGACUGCCAUUGCCAGAGAGGACGAUAGUCUCAUGGACUGCUAUCGUUUCAGCUUAUGCUCAGAACGGUGAGCCUAUGGAGGCUCUUGAGAUUUUUAGUCAGAUGAGGAAGAUGGAUGUGAAGCCUGACUGGGUAGCUCUUGUCAGCGUUCUCAAUGCUUUCACUUGCUUGCAGGAUUUGAAGCAAGGGAGAUCUAUUCAUGCUUCUGUUGUGAAGAUGGGUCUUGAAAUAGAGCCUGACUUACUCAUCUCUCUCAACACCAUGUAUGCAAAAUGUGGCCAAGUUGCAACUGCCAAGAUUCUGUUUGAUAAGAUGAAGUCACCUAACCUGAUUUUGUGGAACGCCAUGAUCUCUGGCUAUGCGAAGAACGGUUAUGCCAGGGAAGCUAUUGAUAUGUUUCAUGAGAUGAUCAAUAAAGAUGUUAGACCCGACACCAUCUCUAUAACAUCUGCCAUUUCGGCUUGCGCUCAAGUAGGUUCUCUUGAGCAGGCUCGCAGUAUGUAUGAAUAUGUAGGCAGAAGUGACUACAGGGAUGACGUUUUCAUAAGCAGCGCAUUAAUCGAUAUGUUUGCUAAAUGUGGAAGUGUAGAAGGCGCAAGGUUGGUUUUUGACCGAACACUUGACAGGGAUGUUGUGGUGUGGAGUGCUAUGAUUGUUGGGUAUGGAUUGCACGGGCGGGCAAGAGAAGCAAUCAGUCUGUACCGUGCAAUGGAGCGUGGUGGAGUACAUCCCAAUGACGUCACUUUUCUGGGGCUUCUCAUGGCCUGUAACCAUUCAGGCAUGGUAAGAGAAGGCUGGUGGUUUUUCAACCGGAUGGCGGAUCACAAAAUAAAUCCACAACAGCAACAUUAUGCAUGUGUCAUUGAUCUUCUCGGGCGUGCUGGUCAUCUGGAUCAAGCUUAUGAAGUGAUCAAAUGCAUGCCGGUCCAGCCCGGUGUAACGGUUUGGGGAGCACUCCUAAGCGCUUGCAAGAAGCAUCGCCACGUUGAACUGGGAGAAUAUGCAGCUCAACAGCUUUUCUCAAUAGACCCAUCCAACACAGGCCACUAUGUACAGCUCUCUAAUCUGUAUGCUGCAGCACGUUUGUGGGACCGUGUUGCAGAGGUGCGAGUGAGAAUGAAGGAGAAAGGAUUGAACAAAGACGUUGGAUGUAGCUGGGUUGAAGUAAGGGGAAGGUUGGAGGCUUUCCGAGUGGGUGAUAAGUCACAUCCGAGAUAUGAAGAGAUAGAGAGACAAGUAGAGUGGAUAGAGAGUAGAUUGAAGGAAGGUGGAUUUGUGGCUAACAAGGAUGCUUCAUUGCACGAUCUCAACGAUGAAGAAGCUGAAGAGACUUUGUGCAGCCACAGCGAGAGGAUCGCGAUUGCGUAUGGGCUUAUAAGUACACCCCAAGGCACACCACUGCGGAUCACAAAGAAUCUGAGAGCAUGCGUAAACUGUCAUGCUGCUACAAAGCUUAUCUCGAAGCUAGUGGACAGAGAGAUUGUUGUGAGAGAUACAAAUAGGUUCCACCAUUUUAAGGAUGGAGUUUGUUCCUGUGGUGAUUAUUGGUAACAGAGAGAAGAGCAAUUGUUGGUAUCAUUAUACUAAAAACUAGAUUAGUCUUAAGGUUGAAAAGCUUACUUAUU